AUGGGGUCUGGGGCUCUGGGCGUGGUGUCUUCUGCGAGGUUGCACGGGGCAGCUCCGGCCGCGGGGUCCGGGAGGGGCGCUUCCAUCCACGAGGCGUUCCGCAAGGGCUGCGCCGACUGCAGCACCAACGGGAUCACGGACCAGUUCACCAGCGAUUGCACCACUAGCCACGCCGACAGCAGCACAGACGACUGCACCCACGGGGGCAGCGACCUCUUUCCCGGUUGCGUCGCGGUGAAUUACCAGGUUGAGGGGUGCUCAGACGACCCGCGAGACAUGCACGGGACAGAAGGCCUGUGCCUCAUCCUUGGCGAGAAGUGCGACACUGGGAGAGCCCCGCUGCCCCUGCACUGCAGGCCUGCCGGCACCUCGAGGCACCCGCGGUGGAUCGAAGCAGUGCCUUUGGCCAACGCCCGUGUGCCGAAGAAGAGCGAGCAGCAUACAGUCGGACCGAG